AUGUCUUACAUCACGCAGAACAAUACUGGUCAGACUAAUGAGACAAACCUUUACCUUGAUCUGAAUGCAGAACCAGCAUGGAUACAAGGAUAUACUGGAAUUGGAAUAUUAGUUGGUGUCGUGGAUGAUGGAGUACAGCAUACUCAUGCUGACCUAAGGAAUAAUUAUGUGUCAGCAUACAGUUAUGAUUUUAAUGCUAAUGUUAGUGACCCAUCUCCUGUUGGAACAGAUUCCCAUGGAACUGCUUGUGCUGGUGAAAUUGUCAUGGCACGUGAUAAUAAUGUUUGUGGAGUGGGUGUAGCUUAUAAUGCCUCUAUGGCAGGUCUUCGUUUGUUGGGGGAUACUACAACAGAUUUAACUGAUUCAUCUGCUCUCAGUUAUUUUCGUAACAAUAUUGAUAUUUAUAGUAACAGUUGGGGACCACCUGAUACUAGUGUUACAGUUGAUGGACCAAAAUACCUGGCAUCACUAGCAUUGAAAGAAGGAGCUGAAAUGGGAAGGAAUGGGAAAGGAAACAUCUUUACAUUUGCUGCUGGAAAUGGAGGAGGACUUCUACUUGACUCUUGUUCAGCUGAUGGUUAUUCCCAGAGUAUAUAUGCUAUAUCAGUUGGUGCUUAUGCUCAGGAUG